AAAGUGUCUUUCUGCUUGAAGCCUGAAAGCUGAAGGCUAGAAGCAGAACUGCCCUGUUCUCUUCUUUCCUGCAAGGGGUUGGAAGUGUUUCCUUGGAAGGGGAUGCUCUAGAAGAUUAAAGGCAAAGACAAGCAGUGGCUCUACCAGCCUGUAAUCCUGCCCCAAAGGGCCCAACGCAAUGAAGGGACGGCUGGCAACAAGCACCCUUUGGCUCAUCUGUCUGUUCUCCUGGGCUCACUGCAGUGAGAGUGAGCCAGAAGGGAGAACUGGAUCACCAACACGAGCACCACAUCAUCAUCAUACUGCCAGGGUUGAGAAUGCCAAUGAGAAAUACAACAAGAGGCCUCGAAGCUCUGAGUGUGUACGCUGUUGUGAUCCUCCAGAGCACUUUCCAGCACAUCCUAUGUACUACCAGCCUUUGCCUCAGAUCAACAUUACCAUCUUGAAAGGUGAGAAAGGGGAUCGUGGAGAACGGGGCUCCGCAGGGAAGUUGGGCAAAGCUGGUUCUCCAGGGAACAUGGGUGAAAUGGGCCCAAAAGGUCAAAAGGGCAGCUUAGGGUCUCCAGGAGAGCGGUACAAGACCAAUUAUGCUGCCUUUUCGGUGGGCCGUAAGAAACCCCUGCACAGCAAUGACUACUACCAGACGCUGAUCUUUGACACUGAAUUUGUUAAUCUCUACGGACACUUCAACAUGUUCAUGGGCAAAUUCUACUGCUAUGUGCCUGGUGUGUAUUUCUUCAGCCUCAAUGUGCACACUUGGAACCAGAAGGAAACUUACCUGCACAUAAUGCGCAACGGGGCUGAAGUUGCCAUCUUGUAUGCACAGGCCAGUGACCGGAGCAUCAUGCAGAGCCAGAGUCUCAUGCUAGAUCUGCAAGAUCAAGAUGAAGUCUGGAUACGACUCUUCAAGGGUGAACGUGAUAAUGCUGUAUUCAGCGACGAGUAUGAUACUUACGUUACCUUCAGCGGAUACCUAAUUAAGCCCAGCUCGGAGCCCUGAAUCUGCAGGCAGAUGGAUAAAAUACUUAUAAGAACUUCACCUUGUUCUGCCCUUCUGAUAUCUUCCUCAUUACUGUUUUCUGAUCCUACAAUUUCAUCCUUUGGGACUCAACCCCAAUACUGAAAUAUUCCUUUGUUCAUUACUCCCAUGAAAUGAUGACCUCACUUCUCUCGGACAGACCAUUUCUUCUUUAUCAACCACUGACCCUUUGGUAUUUUCUCCUCUGCCUACAGCUUUAAGCCUUGUCAUCUACAUUCACGAAUGUAACAAUAUAGUACUUGCCCUGAAAGGACUAUAGAUAGCUCACAACUGCAUUCUCUCUUCAUCUUAAACUGUAAUUUCCGUUUCUUCUGUCAAACAUCCUCAGGGACCAAUACGAGACUUCCCAGUCUUUCCUAUGCAAUGAUUUCUUAUUUUAAUUCUGUUUUGCUCUCAGCCCCUGAAUGUGUUCCUGGGAUUAUUCACCAGCACUUUAAAUGAUUAUUAUAUGACUUCUGUUCAGUGGUAUCGAUGCCUAGAUUCCCCCUGCCCUUAUUUUGGUUUUGUUAUUACCUUCAAGGUGACCUCACAACCUAAGGUGAUUACCCACCUUGAUUAGCUGAAGCUUGCUCAAUGCUCCUGUGUUCAGUCACAAUCCCUGAAGUAACUCCUGACUUCACUGCAAUCUGUCUGCCAGUCCCCAUCUCUGACUUUACCAGCAGCAGAGGCAUAACUCCAAGGGAAUGGGGGGCGCGAUGCACUGGUCUCAUGCCCCUGUGGGGAUGU